CGGCCAAGAUGGCGGACGGGGCGGGUAGCAACGGGGACGCCGCGGCGCUGCCGGUGGGCAGGGAGGCAGUGGAGCGGCUGAUCCGGGAGAACGGGCACAUCUUCACCGAGGCGCAGUGCAAGGUGUGCAGCGCGCUGCUCAUCUCCGAGUCGCAGCGCCUGGCGCAUUACCAGAGCAAGAAGCACGCCAACAAGGUGCGGAGGUACCUCUCCAUCCACGGCGAGGAGGAGCUGGCGGCCGGGAAGAAGAUGAAGCUGGACGCCAAGGAGAGCAAGCAGGAAGGCACCAACGGGGAGGACAGGAACAAAUGUUGUCCCAUCUGUAACAUGACCUUUUCUUCUCCUGCUGUGGCCACGUCUCACUACCUGGGGAAGACUCAUGCCAAGAAUGUGAAGCAGCAGUCCCCUAAAGUGGAAGACGUGGUGCCUCCACAGAAACAUCCUGCUACCCUCCCUACCUCUACUGUAUCUUCUAAUGAAGAGAACAAGGACAUUGCAGACCCAGACAAGUUCUGUAGCCUCUGCCAUGCCACUUUCAACAACCCCCUUAUGGCAAAACAACACUAUGUAGGCAAGAAGCACAGAAAGCAAGAAACCAAACACAAGCUGAUGGCACGCUAUGGCCGAACUCCUGACGCACCGGCAUCGUCCUUCCUGGCUGGGAAGGGCUAUCCCUGCAACACGUGUAACAUAGUACUGAACUCCAUAGAGCAGUACCAAGCUCACAUCAGUGGCUUCAAACACAAGAAUCAGAUGCCAGGAGCAGUGCCAGUUGUAGGACCAUUCCCACCACAGCAGUAUGUCCGGGAAGAAACAACUGCUCCAGGAGGCUACAGUUACUUCAGCCAAGACUUCUAGAGCAAGUUGCAGCACUGUUCUUGGAGUUGUUGACGGCCCAAGAACACGCAUCCUUUGCCAGCCCACAAUGGUUUCAUUAUCCCUCUGGAUAAGCAAAGCCCUACCCUCCUGUAUGCACCCGUUGAGCAGAACAGGGACUGAAUCUGUCCGAAAAAAGGAUCCAGCUGGAAGAGACUUGGUAGACAGCAAAUACUUCACUCCCUUAGAGUAGCUUUCAUUGUGUAAUUGCUUCCUGUAAAGGUGGGUGCGGUGUGAGAGGAAGUGUGUAUCUGGUAUAAGGAGAGUCUGGCAACAGGCUGGUAACAUCUACCUCCUCCCUUACCAGAGCAAAUAGUGGAUUCCUGCACCUGGAGGCCAGCAGCCCACGCUUAGAGGUGUGAAUGGGACACCUUGUGGGUUGUUUGGCUUUUUGCAGACCUAACAUAGGAAAUGGCAGCGUGGCAUCUCUUGUCGUGACUCCUCUGGGCAGGUUUGUGUGCAGAACUCCUUGAGGCACUGAUUGCCAUCAGAGCCUCUCUCAGUACUGCAGUUCAGGAGUUGUGUUGUUUGGUGUCUAACAGGUAGUCGUGAUUUGUGGUGUACAGUGCUGCUGGUGGGAGCGGAGGGCUGAUGGAGGAGUUCGAGCUCUUGUUUCUCCAGGCAGCUCAGCCCUCUGCUCUGAGGAUUUCCACGUGGAAGGAAGAAACAGUUUAGCCUGGUUUCCUAUGGAAACAGGUGUAUGUGAUCAUUCACUGUGUGUGUCUUUACCCCUCAUAACUUAAAGUAAUCUCAAACUUGGCAGUGGUGGAAAUCUCCAAGACCCAAAUGCAAUCAGCAGAGGAAGGUGAGCAGGAAGAGUCCAUCUCGGGUUCUGUGAGGGUCUGUGCAUAAGUGCAGUGUUUUCCCUACUGCCAGCAAAUAUUGAUAGGGAAGGAGGAAAAAAAAACAAAAAGAGGAGGUAAAUGUAGAAAUAACAGAAUACUGUAGUAUGGCUUGGUUGAAUUGUUUGCUGGCUGAAAACCUACAAGCUCUUUGGAAACCUGACUUAGCUCUUCAUUAGACACUGCUUGCCCAGCCCCUCUCCUCAAAGUUCUUACACAUUUGUACCAUCGUGGUGAUGUUCUGCCUUUCGAACGUGGAAAUUAACGAUGGUCUCUUUGUGCUGCUAAUGUGCUGGAUCUGUUGGAAGAGCCCCGAGAAGGAAGGGGGCCAUCUGAGGCUGUUGUGCAUUUGGGAUGAGUUCUGCAGAUGUUCUGCCCUUGAGCUAGGGCUGUGCCGUUCUUUGCGGGCCCACCGCAGGAGCCCUGGUGUCGGCUGGCCUCGUGCUCAGCGCCAGCGCCCCGUGAUGGGCAGCCCAUGGCUUUGUCCCAGCCUCAGUGCCUCCGUGGAGCUGAGAGUUGGCCAGGCUGGGCCAAGUGCCACUGUUUUCCUUCCACGGGGCAGGAGGACAGACCUGCCUGGCCGAGAGGAGCAGAGGUGAUGGACGUGCUGCCUCCCACUGCUGCAGCAGCUGCUGGAGGGCAGUGUGGGGCCCUGCGCUCCCGGUGCUGCGUUCCAGGCUGAGCAGCUGCCGUCUUUGCGAGGCUGAGAGCCAGGCUGGGGGGGGCGCUUCCAAAACCCUGCGUGCGCUGGUCAGGUUAAGCAAGGAGAGGGAGUUGGUUGUUAAUCUCUGCACUUGGAGUGAGUGCCUUCCCUCCCCGCUCAAGGCUGUGCGCGAGCUUUGUUUGCCUUCACCCAGCACAGGAUCUGCCAUCUCCCCUUAGGACAGGCUCCUGCUGGGCUGGGUUCGCCUUCCUGAUGUUUUCCAGUCUUGCUGUAAUGCUGAGGGCUGACCUUAGCCUCCUGCUUGAGAGGGAGUUUUGUUAAGCUAAGCAAGCUGAUCAACCAGCAGAAAAUUGCAGUGAAGUAAAGGAAGCAUUGUGUGCCUGGUGGCACUGGAUGGCCUCCAGCUCCGAUCUCCACUGCUUAGCUCUCGUCUCGCUGCACCAGGGCAGGUGCCUGCUAGCCGUGCUGUGCAUUGAACCAACAGGUAUCCAUUUCCAGCACUGCCCAGUCCAGUGUGUCGCUCCAUUCUGUGUACUGACAGUUUUGCCUUCCUCUGUACAUGAUGUUUAUGUGUCUGCUGUUUCCCUAAGGUGAAGCUCUCCAAAUAGAGUGUUUAUUACUA